CUCUCACUUUCCCCCUGCCUCAGUUCCUCACUGCUCUCUGCUCCUCCGCUGACUGAUACUUCUGCUACUACUGCUGCCUCUUUUUCUUCCCUUUCUUCCUCUCUUUCACCUGCUCCUCAUCCUCCUCAUCCUUGAGCCACCAUGGUGAACAGAUAAAACACCCAGCCGUGCUGAGACCAUGGGUGCCUGCCUCUGCAAAGGUCACAAAGAGCUCCACCACCCCAUUACAGCACUGCAGGACCAGUCUGAGGAGGGUCAGCCAUCCUCUGUCAAGGAUGGCCAGAAUCCCUCUAAUGGCAGUGUGGCAGAUAAAACCAGCCAAUAUGACAUCGGCGAGCUGGCCACAUCCUCUUUGAUGGGUCUGGUGGCAACAAUAAAGGAGCAUAUUACCAAGCCGACAGCGAUGGCCCAGGGGCGAGUUGCUCACUUGAUUGAGUGGAAAGGGUGGGGUGGGGGUGGCGGAGCCAGGGGAGAUGGGGGUGGUUGGAGUGGGGCCUGGGGUAAAGGAGGCGGAGGCUGGGGCGGAAUGGGGGCUGAGCUGCAGGAGGAUGAACAGUUCUACUCCCAAAUGACGGACGAGAUCAAGGAAGCUCGCUUCGCUGCAGGAGUAGCAGAGCAGUUUGCUUUGGCUGAGGCAGCCAUGAAUGUGUGGUCCAUGAACGACAGCUCAGAGCAGCCCUCCACCAGCUUGCAAGCUGCACAAAGCCACUUCUUGUCUCAGUUCCUGCUGGAUGGUGGAAGCGUCAGCGUUCCCCAGCACCUGUACAGCAUCCACGCCCAGACUUAUGGUGACAACAGGGCGGCCAACCUGGUCCCUCCGCCAACGGUCGACUCCAUUUCCCCGGCGUCCAACACUCAGCAGGAGAGAGAUCAUCCCUUUGAGGACAGAAGCGCUGCAACUGCAGAGGCUGUCCGACACGUAGACAGCAGCUCACUAUCUGAGGAUGAUGUUUUUUAUAACUAGGCCUAACAGAAAGACAGCAAUCUUGAUGGCAAUCUCUAAAAUGAGCCUCACUGAGAGGACUUGAGUCUCAACCACCAGCAAUGAAGGACACAAAACAUAAACGCACACAUCUGUGAGAUUUCUCAAGAGGCAGUUUCUCAAAUGGCUUGUCUGGAAAGGUUUAAGCGAUUGGUCUUCAGAGACAAUGUACACAGUUCCCCAGGUACAUUUUCAUUUUUUAUUCAAUGUACAUUAAACACUUUCAUAUUACAUGUAGAAUUGAACUGUGAAGAGUCAAACAAUACUGGUGUAAAUAUCUUGUUAUAAAACAUCACUUUUAUUGUA